AUGUACUUUCAAAUUGCAGGUAAAAAAAAUCAACACAUUAUCUUCAGUUACAUUCUAGUCUAUUCUUAUAUAUUUUAUUCUCUUCCUGUAUCUAUCUAUCUAUCUAUCUAUCUAUCUAUCUGUCUAAUCCUAUUCAUAUCUAUCUAUCUAUCUAUCUAUCUAUCUAUCUAUCUAUCUAGCCCAGACAUUCUUUUUCUAUCUAUCUAUCUAUCUAUCUAUCUCAGACAUUCUUUUUCAAUCUAUCUAUCUAUCUAUCUAUCUAUCUAUCUAUCUAUCUAUCUAUCUCAGCUAUUCUUUUUCUAUCUAUCUAUCUAUCUAUCUAUCUAUCUAUCUAUCUAUCUAUCUAUCUCAGCUAUUCUUUUUCUAUCUAUCUAUCUAUCUAUCUAUCUAUCUAUCUAUCUAUCUAUCUAUCUAUCUAUCUAUCCCAGCUAUUCUUUUUCUAUCGAUCUAAAAAAAAAGGAAAAAAAACAAAUCUUUUCUUAUCUAUCUAGUCUUUUAACUAUCUAUCUAUCUAUCUAUCUAUCUAUCUAUCUAUCUAUCUGUCAGAAUACUUGUGAUGAUAUUCUCGGGUCGGGAGAGGGAAAAUACAACUGCAUCACGCAACAAGAUGACGGCAUAUCCGCCUACGAAACUUUGCGUCCGUAUACUGACAAUUUAACUCUAUCUAUCUAUCUAUCUAUCUAUCUAUCUAUCUAUCUAUCUAUCUAUCUAUCUAUCUAA